ACUUUGAAAAAGUAAAGAUUUCUCUCCCGUUUUUAUUACCGAAUAAAUCUUCCUAUUUGAGUAAAAUUUGUGAAAAGGAAAACCAGAGCAUCUGUCUGUUAUAGUUUAAACAAACUGUUUUCAUUUAAAAUAAGAUUAUGUAUAUUCUCAUUCAGCAAUUUCUACAGCUUGUUAAAAUACUUCAUGAGCUAUUUAUAGACCAUUCCGAUUGGAAAAAUAUACCAUUUCAGCACCAGUGUAAUUUAUCUUGUUAGUGAAAAUUCAACGCAGCGCGAUUAAUACCGAAGCAAUUGCAAUGAAGUUUUCCUGUUUUUUUGCUACGUUUUUAAACUGGCUUAUAUGUACUAUUCAAGCUCAACAAUUAAAUUUCAUUGAAAUUCAACAUCUGGCUAAAACACAACGUUUUCUACAUUAUUCUAGAGCACAGCAAAUACCAUAUGAAUUUUAUAAGACCAUUGAAAAAUCCGAUGGCAGUAAACAAAAUCUGCAGCAUAAGUUAUCCCAUUUCCUGGAGAAAUUACAAAAAAAUUUGACCUUGUCGGCUGUCUUGAGCGAUUCCGAAAAUACUUUGACAGGAGCGGCAAACUAUAUUUUAAGGCUUAAAGAAUUGUCUUUUUUUUUUUUUGACGCUUCAGACACUUUUAAACAAUUUUCUACUGAUAGUAAAAUAUUUUAUGAAAUAUCAAAAAAUACGAGUUAUGAAUUAUUGUUAAAGCUGCGGCAAGUCCCAACAGCUCAACCAACAGUUGUUAAAGUGUGGCUUACAAAUUAUUUUGCGGAAAUGGAAUACUUUCAAGUUUUUUUUUCAGAAAUUAUAGACGAAGCUAUGGACUUUAGCACAGAAACCCUAAAAGCGAUUCAACAAAUAUUUUUAUACUAUGCUGAAAUUCAAAGUAAUCUUUUAGAAAAUUGGAAAUUGAAGUUUAAUUUGGAAUGCCGCAAACUCUAUGUUGACUUUUUACAACAUCAUUCUGCCCAGCUCUUUAAAUGUGCUGCUGAGAAUAAUCUUAAUAUGGUUUAUGAUGUAUAUUCUGUAACAAAGUUAAAUGUUAAAUAUAUUAUGAAAGAGCUUGAGUUUCGUGUCCAACUUCUUUUCAAUUGUUUUAUGUAUAGAAGCUUUGCAAUAAGACGCAAAUUCCUUAAAAAUGUGGAGAAAGAUCUAAAAAAUGUAUUUAACAAAAUUACCGAAUUAGAAAUGUAUUUGGAUGUGAGAACUAAAAAUGGCAGUUAUUCAGCAUUAAAAUUUCGGCAAGAAACCACAAUUUAUGACACGAUAAAAUCGGAAACGACCAUUAAGGACUGUCUUCCAAUUGGCUUUCCACAUAGCCAAAUGUCAGCUAAACUUAAAGAGUGCUUUUAUGAUUUUUAAUCAAUAUUUAUGUAAAGCUUAGAUUAAUAACUGUUUCAACGAAUAAUAAACAACAAUUUACUUACAAUAAA